GCGAGGGAGAUAGAAAGAGAGAUAUGUUGGUGCUCAGUUCUCUUCUUUUAUCUCGGUCCAUGAGUCCAGACCUUGAGAUCGUCCCACCAUAUUUAAGAUGAGUCUUCCCAUCUCAGUUAUUCAACCUAGAGACUCCCUCACAAAUGUGCCCAGAGGAUUGUCUCCUCGGUGCAUCUAGAGUCUGCCAAUCUGACAGUGGAGAUUAACCAUUACAAAGUCAAACACGGGCAGUGCAUGCUCGUGCGUGCUUUGAAUCUCAGCGCUCAGGAAGCAGAGACAGGUGGAUCUCUGCGAUUCUGAACUAUGUGUGGUCUAUUGUAGCCAGUUCUAGGCCACUCAGGGCUACACGGUGAGAUCCUGACUAAAAAGCAAACCAAACCCCAAAACUUUUAACAAAUCAGUUAAAAUUCACUGCUAUCCUUUUUUUAAUUGUGUGUGUGUCUGUGAACAUGCAUGCAGGAGACAGAGAAGCCAGAGAUGUUAGACUCCCCUGACCUGGAGUUACGGGCAGUUGAUCUGCCUGAUAGGAUUGCUAGGAACUGAACUUGGGUUCUGUAGAGGAAAAGCGUGAGCCCAUAACCACUGAGCCACGCCCCCAGCCCCUCCCUGGGGGAUUCUAGGCAGGGGCUCUACCACUGAGCCACGCCCCCAGCCCCUCCCUGGGGGAUUCUAGGCAGGGGCUCUACCGCUGAGCCACACCCCAGCCCCUCACUGGGGAUUCUAGGCAGGUGCUCUACCACUGAGCCACGCCCCCAGCCCCUCACUGGGGGAUUCUAGGCAGGGGCUCUACCACUGAGCCACGCCCCCAGCCCCUCACUGGGGGAUUCUAGGCAGGGGCUCUACCACUGAGCCACGCCCCCAGCCCCUCACUGGGGGAUUCUAGGCAGGGGCUCUACCACUGAGCCACGCCCCCAGCCCCUCACUGGGGGAUUCUAGGCAGGUGCUCUACCACUGAGCCACGCCCCCAGCUAUCAUUCCAGAUUUCUUCUCCUUUCCCGGUAUACUUCAGUUAAGUCUUCAGAUAUGAUGGAGAAAGAGAAGAGAAUCCUGUGGGUGAGAGCUGUGGCGGACGUGGGCAGAUGAGGAAGUAGUCAGAACUAGGUCUUCCAUGAUACAGACACAGUGGACACUGAAGUGGGCAUGGAGGUAGCUGUGGAGCAGGAAUUCUCUCCGGACCUCGAAGACAACACUUCCAAGGCCUACAGAGACUUCAGCAAUGCCUUCCAGGGUCAGAUGCAGAAGAUUUACCAGGCCGUUCAAGGCUUCCAGGGUGUGGAAAUCCUGUCCUUGAGGAGGGGCAGUAUUGUGGUAGACUACCGGGUGCUGCUGAAGCUGUCCUUCAGCCCCCAACUGAAGAGCGACUAUGAGAAGGUGAAGACAAUGCUGAAGGAGGAGCUGCAGAGCGCCAGUCAAGAUGGUGACAGCUGUCAGAACAACCAGACCCUGUGUUUUAAGUCUGACUCCAUCAAAGUGAACAAUGGCACUGAGAAAGAGCUGAGCCCAGAAGCCAUCUGUCACCGAACUGCCCCCAAGGACUUUGAGGAACACUAUUUUCCUUUGGUGGAGCUGAGCAGGCUCCGCUGCGUCACCAAUUGCACACCUGGAUUGAAUGGCACCAUCAAUUGCAACCAGGGACAGUGUUUUCUGCAGAAGAGUGGUCCAACCUGUCGCUGCUUUUCCACAGACACAUACUGGGUCUCAGGGCCACGCUGUGAGGUGACGGUUGACUGGAGGGUGUUGGUUGGAGGCCUGGUGGGGGCUGCCAUAUUGCUGCUGCUGUUACUGGUGGCCUUAAGUAUCUGGGUGGCACAUUCUCGGGCAAGAGGCAAGGACCGCCAGCUCUCGGGCAGGACCUGGACCAAGGACAGGAAAUGGUUUGAGAUCUGGGAUGAAGACAUCGCGGGGACUUUUUCCAAAAGGGGCUUCCAGGAUGCCCCACCAGUCACUAAUGAAAACUUCUACGUCGCCUUGGAGAAGGUGGAUACCAACAUGGCGGUUCACAUCCAGAGACCCGAGUUGACUUUAUCACCCUCAGCAGCAAUAGCAUCACCAUCACCACCACCAUCAUCACCAUCACCAUCACCAUCAUCAUCAUCUUCAUCAUCUUCAUCAUCAUCAUCACCAUCAUCACCACCAUCAUCAUCAUUCUGAGCCCUUGAAGGGCCUCUUUUGUGCCCCUACUGGAGCUGUAGGCCUGAGCCCAUUAUGGAAGAAUUAGUUCCAGUGCCCACACAGCCCAGGUUCCAGUGUUCUUGGGGGCGAGGGGAAUCCUGUUUCCUUGACCUCCCAUCCUUCUCUUUGUUUGGCUGAAACCCACUUGGAGAACAUAGAUCUAUGCUCUUCACUCCAGUAUGGUGGGCAGGGCAGUCUCAGUCUCUUGCCUCAGUCGCCUCAUCUGUGAAAUGGGUGUGAUGCACUUAAUACCAUUACCCUAAAACUUAGCACAAUCACUUCACAUGUGCUUGGUUGAUUUUUGGGGGACUUUUACAUUCUCCUGUUGCUUUUCUCGGAUUCUCUCUCCCACCUGACUUUACUCCUUCUUUGUCUCAGGUCUCCAUUGUUCCUUUGAGACAGAGUUUAACACGGUGCUGGGGAUGGAAGCUAGGAUUCUGUGCAUGCUAGGCAAGGGCCCUACCCGCUGAGCCACAUCCCUCAGUCAUUGGCUCUUACUUUUGGAUUUACUCUCUAUCGCCAUCCUGGCUUACUGGCUAAUCCUUCAUCUUGCACUCUUGCACGCAUAGGUAACCUGACACUCCCCCCCUCCCCCCAGGGCAGCAUGAGUCACACCCCCACUCUCUCCUCUGGAACUCUCUAAGUAGCUGAGCAUGACGGACCUUGAUUCCUUGCCCCUCUUAUCCUGCUCCCUUCUUCAUCCCUGCAGCUAUCCCCAAAUCCCACCUCGUUCCCAUGACUCCCUGUUCCUAGGUCCUCAUACAGCCAGGGUGUCAUGGGGUCCCCGGUUAAUGCUUCCCACGCUCCUACUUCCCGACCCCAAGGUUCCCACCUCCUUCCUCUUUUCACCCUUGGCGAUUUUAAGUCCUAGGCAGGGGUCGGGCAUGGAUUUGUCCCAGGAUGAGCAGUCAGGAGCCUGUCUCCUUAUCUCCUUUACCGUUGUCACCACCUCUUCCACGACGUCUCUUCCUUCGCUUCCUGUCUGUCACUGUUGUGACCUCAGACCCUGGAACCCUUAAUCUCCUUUGCCAGAACAGAUCUGGGGACAGGAAGUCAGCGAGUGUCUCGAUCCCCAUAUACAUCCAAUAAAUACAUUUACUGUAAAUAAAACUGCUCUCUCC